AUGUUGUGUUUUUAUCUUUCGUUGCUUCCUGCCUUUUUGUUUCUAUUACUUUGUCUUGUUCUUCAUUCAUUCGUUUUUUUCUUCUUCUCUUUCAUUCUUCGUUUUAAUUUGUUACUUCUAUCUUGCAUUGUUUCUUUUUUUUUCUUUUUCACAUCGAUUAUUCGUUUAGAAUUCUCUUUCUAUCAGUUGUUUCUUUUUUUUUUCAUAUCUAUCUAUCUAUCUAUCUCUGGUUUUUUUUUUCCAUAUCUAUCUAUCUCGGGUUUUUUUUUCCAUAUCUAUCUAUCUAUCUCGGGGUUUUUUUUCCAUAUCUAUCUAUCUAUCUAUCUCGGGGUUUUUUUUCCAUAUCUAUCUAUCUAUCUCGGGUUUUUUUUCCAUAUCUGUCUAUCUAUCUAUCUAACUAUCUCGGGUUUUUUUUCCAUAUCUAUCUAUCUAUCUAUCUAUCUCGGUUUUUUUUUUCCAUAUCUAUCUAUCUAUCUAUCUAUCUACCUCGGUUUUUGUUUUCCAUAUCUAUCUAUCUAUCUAUCUAUCUACCUCGGGUUUUUGUUUUUCCAUAUCUAUCUAUCUAUCUAUCUAUCUACCUCGGGUUUUUGUUUUUCCAUAUCUAUCUAUCUAUCUAUCUAUCUACCUCGGGUUUUUGUUUUUCCAUAUCUAUCUAUCUAUCUAUCUAUCUACCUCGGUUUUUUGUUUUUCCAUAUCCAUCUAUCUAUCUAUCUAUCUAUCUAUCUAUCUACCUCGGGUUUUUGUUUUUCCAUAUCUAUCUAUCUAUCUAUCUAUCUAUCUAUCUACCUCGGGUUUUUGUUUUUCCAUAUCUAUCUAUCUAUCUAUCUAUCUAUCUAUCUAUCUACCUCGGGUUUUUGUUUUUCCAGAUCUAUCUAUCUAUCUAUCUAUCUAUCUAUCUCGGGUUUUUGUUUUUCCAGAUCUAUCUAUCUAUCUAUCUCGGGUUUUUGUUUUUCAAGAUCUAUCUAUCUAUCUAUCUAUCUCGGGUUUUUUUUCCAUAUCUGUCUAUCUAUCUAUCUCGGGGUUUUUUUUCCAUAUCUAUCUAUCUAUCUAUCUAGGAUUUUUUUUCCAUAUCUACCUAUCUAUCUCGGGUUUUUUUUCCCAUAUCUAUCUAUCUAUCUAUCUAUCUCGGGUUUUUAUUUUCCAUAUCUAUCUCGGGUUUUUUUUUCCAUAUCUAUCUAUCUAUCUAUCUCGGGUUUUUUUUCCAUAUCUAUUUAUCUAUCUAUCUAUCUCGGGUUUUUUUUUUCCAUAUCUAUCUAUCUAUCUAUCUAUCUAUCUAUCUCGGGUUUCUUUUUUCAUAUCUAUCUAUCAAUCUCGAGUUUUUUUUUUCCAUAUCUAUCUAUCUAUCUAUCUAUCUAUCUAUCCCGGGUUUUUUUUCCAUAUCAAUCUAUCUAUCUAUCUAUCCCGGGGUUUUUUUCCAUAUCAAUCUAUCUAUCUAUCUAUCUAUGUAUCCCGGGUUUUUUUUUCCAUAUCAAUCUAUCUUUCUAUCUAUCUAUCUCGGUUUCUUUUUCAUAUCUAUCUAUCUAUCUAUCUAUCUCGGGUUCUUUUUUUAUCUAUCUAUCUAUCUAUCUCGGUUUCUUUUUUCAUAUCUAUCUAUCUAUCUCCGGGUUUCUUUUUCAUAUCUAUCUAUCUAUCUAUCUUUUUCAUAUCUUUCUUUUUCAUAUCUAUCUAUCCCAGGUUUCUUUUUUUUAUCUAUCUAUCUAUCUCAGGUUUUCUUUUCUUUUCUAUCUAUCCAUAUCUAUCUAUCUAUCUAUCUCGGGUUUCUUUUUCAUAUCUAUCUAUCUAUCUAUCUAUCUCGGGUUUCUUUUUUUCAUAUCUAUCUAUCUCCAUCUAUCUUUUUCGGGGUUUCUUCCAUCUAUCUAUCUAUCUAUCUAUCUAUCUCGGGUUUCUUUUUCAUAUCUAUCUAUCUAUCUAUCUAUCUCAGGUUUCUUUUUUCAUAUCUAUCUAUCUAUCCAUCUAUCUCAGGUUUCUUUUUCAUAUCCAUCUAUCCAUCUAUCUAUCUCGGGUUUCUUUUUUCACAUCUAUCUAUCCAUCUAUCUAUCUAUCUCAGGUUUCUUUUUCAUAUCUAUCUAUCUAUCUAUCUAUCUAUCUAUCUAUCUCGGGUUUCUUUUUUCAUAUCUAUCUAUCUAUCUAUCUAUCUAUCUCGGGUUUCUUUUUUCAUAUCUAUCUAUCUAUCUAUCUAUCUAUCUCGGGUUUCUUUUUCACAUCUAUCUAUCCAUCUAUCUAUCUAUCUCGGGUUUCUUUUUUCAUCUAUCUAUCUAUCUAUCUAUCUAUCUCGGGUUUCUUUUUUCCACAUCCAUCUAUCUAUCCAUCUAUCUAUCUCGGGUUUCUUUUUCAUAUCUAUCUAUCUAUCCAUCUAUCUAUCCGGGUUUCUUUUUUUCACAUCCAUCUAUCUAUCUAUCUAUCUAUCUGGUUUCUUUUUCAUCUAUCUAUCUAUCUAUCUCCGGUUUCUUUUUUCAUAUCUAUCUAUCUAUCUCGGUUUCUUUUUCAUAUCUAUCUAUCUAUCUCGGGUUUCUUUUUUCAUAUCUAUCUAUCUAUCUCGGGUUUCUUUUUUCAUAUCUAUCUAUCUAUCUCGGGUUUCUUUUUUCAUAUCUAUCUAUCUAUCUCGGGUUUCUUUUUUCAUAUCUAUCUAUCUAUCUCGGGUUUCUUUUUUCAUAUCUAUCUAUCUAUCUCGGGUUUCUUUUUUCAUAUCUAUCUAUCUAUCUAUCUAUCUAUCUAUCUCGGGUUUCUUUUUUCAUAUCUAUCUAUCUAUCUAUCUAUCUAUCUCGGGUUUCUUUUUUCAUAUCUAUCUAUCUAUCUAUCUAUCUAUCUCGGGUUUCUUUUUUCAUAUCUAUCUAUCUAUCUAUCUAUCUCGGGUUUCUUUUUUCAUAUCUAUCUAUCUAUCUAUCUGUCUCGGGUUUCUUUUUUCAUAUCUAUCUAUCUAUCUAUCUCGGAUUUCUUUUUUCAUAUCUAUCUAUCUAUCUAUCUCAGGUUUUUUUUUCAUAUCUAUCUAUCUAUCUAUCUAUCUCGGUUUUUUUUUUUUUUAUAUCUAUCUAUCUAUCUAUCUCGUUUUUUUUUUUUAUUAUCUAUCUAUCUAUCGGUUUUUUUUUUUUUCAUAUCUAUCUAUCUAUCUUCGGUUUUUUUUUUCAUAUCUAUCUAUCUAUCUAUCUCGGUUUUUUUUCAUAUCUAUCUAUCUAUCUAUCUCGGUUUUUUUUUCAUAUCUAUCUAUCUAUCUAUCUCGGUUUUUUUUUUUUUCAUAUCUAUCUAUCUAUCUAUCUCGGUUUUUUUUUUCAUAUCUAUCUAUCUAUCUAUCUCGGGUUUUUUUUUUCAUAUCUAUCUAUCUAUCUAUCUCGGGUUUUUUUUUUUCAUCUAUCCAUCUAUCUAUCUAUCUAUCUAUCUAGGGUUUUUUUUCCAUAUCUAUCUAUCUAUCUAUCUCGGUGUUUUUUUUUCCAUAUCUAUCUAUCCAUCUAUCUCUCUAUCUAUCUAUCUAGGGUCUCUUUUUCCAUAUCUAUCUAUCUAUCUAUCUAUCUAUCUAUCUAUCUCGGGUCUCUUUUUUCAUAUCUAUCUAUCUAUCUAUCAAGGGUCUCUUUUUUCAUAUCUAUCUAUCUAUCUAUCUCGGGUCUCUUUUUUCAUAUCUAUCUAUCUAUCUCGGGUUUCUAUUUUCAUAUCUAUCUAUCUAUCUCGGGUGUCUUUUUUCAUAUCUAUCUAUCUAUCUCGGGUGUCUUUUUUUCAUAUCUAUCUAUCUAUCUCGGGGUUUUUUUUUCAUAUCUAUCUAUCUAUCUAUCUAUCUCGGGUUUCUUUUUUCAUAUCUAUCUAUCUAUCUAUCUAUCUCGGGUUUCUUUUUUCAUAUCUAUCUAUCUAUCUAUCUCGGGUUUCUUUUUUCAUAUCUAUCUAUCUAUCUAUCUCGGGUUUCUUUUUUCAUAUCUAUCUAUCUAUCUAUCUAUCUCGGGUUUCUUUUUUCAUAUCUAUCUAUCUAUCUCGGGUUUCUUUUUUCAUAUCUAUCUAUCUAUCUAUCUAUCUAUCUAUCUAUCUCGGGUUUCUUUUUUCAUAUCUAUCUAUCUAUCUAUCUCGGGUUUUUUUUCCAUAUCUGUCUAUCUAUCUAUCUCGGGUUUUUUUUUCCAUAUCUAUCUAUCUAUCUAUCUCGGGGUUUUUUUUCCAUAUCUAUCUAUCUAUCUAUCUCGGGUUUUUUUUUCCAUAUCUAUCUAUCUAUCUAUCUCGGGGUUUUUUUUCCAUAUCUAUCUAUCUAUCUAUCUCGGGUUUUUUUUUCCAUAUCUAUCUAUCUAUCUAUCUAUCUCGGGUUUUUUUUUCCAUAUCUAUCUAUCUACCUAUCUCGGGGUUUUUUUUCCAUAUCUAUCUAUCUAUCUAUCUCGGGUUUUUUUUUUCCCUAUCUAUCUAUCUAGGGUUUUUUUUCCAUAUCUCUCUAUCUAUCUGUAUAUCUCGGAUUUUUUUUCCAUAUCUAUCUAUCUAUCUAUAUUUCUCGAGUUUUUUUUUUCCAUAUCUAUCUAUCUAUCUAUCUAUCUAUCUCGGGGUUUUUUUUUCCAUAUCUAUCUAUCUAUCUAUCUCGGGUUUUUUUUUUCCAUAUCUAUCUAUCUAUCUAUCUAUCUAUCUAUCUCGGGGUUUUUUUUUUCCAUAUCUAUCUAUCUAUCUAUCUCGGUCUUUUUUUUCCAUAUCUAUCUAUCUAUCUAUCUAGGGUUUUUUUUUCCAUAUCUAUCUAUCUAUCUAUCUAUCUCGGGUUUUUUUUCCAUAUCUAUCUAUCUAUCUAUCUCGGGUUUUUUUUUCCAUAUCUAUCUAUCUAGGGUUUUUUUUUUCCAUAUCUAUCUAUCUAUCUAUCUAUCUCGGGUUUUUUUUUUCCAUAUCUAUCUAUCUGUCUAUCUCGGGGUUUUUUUUUCCAUAUUUAUCUAUCUAUCUAUCUAUCUCGGGUUUUUUUCCAUAUCUAUUUAUCUAUCUAUCUAUCUCGGGUUUUUUUUCCAUAUCUAUCUAUCUCGGGUUUUUUUUUCCAUAUCUAUCUAUCUAUCUAUCUCGGGUUUUUUUUUUCCAUAUUUAUCUAUCUAUCUAUCUAUCUAUCUAUCUCGGGUUUUUUUUUUCCAUAUCUAUCUAUCUAUCUAUCUAUCUCGGUUUUUUUUUUUCCAUAUCUAUCUAUCUAUCUAUCUUGGGUUUUUUUUUUCCAUAUCUAUCUAUCUAUCUAUCUCGGGUUUUUUUUUCCAUAUCUAUCUAUCUAUCUAUCUCGGGGUUUUUUUUUCCAUAUCUAUCUAUCUAUCUAUCUCGGUUUUUUUUUUCCAUAUUUAUCUAUCUAUCUAUCUAUCUAUCUCGGGUUUUUUUUCCAUAUCUAUCUAUCUAUCUAUCUAUCUCGGUUUUUUUUUUCCAUAUCUAUCUAUCUAUCUAUCUAUCUCGGGUUUUUUUUCCAUAUCUAUCUAUCUAUCUAUCUCGGUUUUUUUUUUUCCAUAUCUAUCUAUCUAUCUAUCUCGUUUUUUUUUUCCAUAUCUAUCUAUCUAUCUAUCUAUCUAUCUAGGGUUUUUUUUUUAUCUAUCUAUCUAUCUAUCUAUCUAUCUAUCUCGGUUUUUUUUUUCCAUAUCUAUCUAUCUGUCUCGGGUUUUUUUUUCCAUAUCUAUCUAUCUAUCUAUCUAUCUAUCUAUCUCGGGUUUUUUUUUCCAUAUCUAUCUAUCUGUCUCGGGUUUUUUUUUCCAUAUCUAUCUAUCUAUCUAUCUAUCUAUCUAUCUCGGGUUUUUUUUUCCAUAUCUAUCUAUCUAUCUAUCUAUCUAUCUAUCUAUCUAUCUAUCUCUUUUUUUCAUAUCUAUCUAUCUAUCUAUCUAUCUCGGGUUUUUUUUUCCAUAUCUAUCUAUCUAUCUGUCUAUCUCGGGUUUUUUUUCCAUAUCUAUCUAUCUAUCUAUCUAUCUAUCUCGGUUUUUUUUUCCAUAUCUAUCUAUCUAUCUAUCUAUCUAUCUAUCUAUUUUUCCAUAUUUUUCUAUCUAUCUCGGGUUUUUUUUCCAUAUCUAUCUAUCUAUCUAUCUAUCUAUCUCGGGUUUUUUUUUUCCAUAUCUAUCUAUCUAUAUCUAUCUAUUAUUCCUUAUCUCUUUUUCAUAUCUAUCUAUCUAUCUAUCUAUCUCUUUUUCACAUCUAUCUAUCUAUCUAUCUAUCUAUCUAUCUGGGUUUUUUUUCAUAUCUAUCUAUCUAUCUAUCUAUCUGGGUUUUUUUUUUUCCAUAUCUAUCUAUCUAUCUAUCUAUCUAUCGGUUUUUUUUUCCAUAUCUAUCUAUCUAUCUAUCUAUCUCGUUUUUUUUUUCCAUAUCUAUCUAUCUAUCCAUCUAUCCGGUCUCUUUUUUUAUCCAUCUAUCUAUCUCAUCUAUCUAUCUAUCUAUCUCGGCUCUUUUUUCACAUCCAUCUAUCCAUCUAUCUAUCUCGUGUCUUUUUCCACAUCUAUCUAUCUAUCUCGGUCUCUAUCUAUCUAUCUAUCUAUCUAUCUAUCUCGGCUCUCUUUUUUCAUAUCUAUCUAUCUAUCUAUCUAUCUCGUGUCUCUUUUUCCAUAUCUAUCUAUCUAUGUAUCUAUCUAUCUAUCUAUCUAUCUAUCUAUCUCGGGUCUCUUUUUUUUCAUCUAUCCAUCUAUCUAUCUAUCUAUCUAUCUCAGGUCUCUUUUUCAUAUCUAUCUAUCUAUCUAUCUAUCUAUCUCUGGUGUCUCUUUUUCCAUCUAUCUAUCUAUCUAUCUAUCAUAUUUUUCAUAUCAUCUAUCUAUCUAUCUAUCUAUCUCGGGUCUCUUUUUUCAUAUCUAUCUAUCUAUCUAUCUAUCUAUCUCGGGUCUCUUUUUUCAUAUCUAUCUAUCUAUCUAUCUAUCUAUCUCGGGUCUCUUUUUUCAUAUCUAUCUAUCUAUCUAUCUAUCUAUCUCGGGUCUCUUUUUUCAUAUCUAUCUAUCUAUCUAUCUAUCUAUCUCGGUCUCUUUUUUCAUAUCCAUCUAUCUAUCUAUCUAUCUAUCUCAGGUCUCUUUUUCACAUCUAUCCAUCUAUCUAUCCAUCCAUCUAUCUCGGGUCUCUUUUUCACAUCCAUCUAUCCAUCUAUCUAUCUAUCUCAGGUCUCUUUUUUCAUAUCUAUCUAUCUAUCUAUCCAUCUAUCUCGGUCUCUUUUUUCAUAUCUAUCUAUCUAUCUAUCUAUCUCGGGUCUCUUUUUUCAUAUCUAUCUAUCUAUCUAUCUAUCUCGGGUCUCUUUUUUCAUAUCUAUCUAUCUAUCUAUCUAUCUCGGGUCUCUUUUUUCAUAUCUAUCUAUCUAUCUAUCUAUCUCGGGGUCUUUUUCAUAUCUAUCUAUCUAUCCAUCUAUCCUGGGUCUCUUUUUAUCUAUCUAUCUAUCUAUCUAUCUAUCUUUUUUCACAUCUAUCUAUCUAUCUAUCUCGGUCUCUUUUUUCAUAUCUAUCUAUCUAUCUAUCUCGGGUUUCUUUUUUCAUAUCUAUCUAUCUAUUUAUUUAUCUAUCUAUCUAUCUAUGGUUUCUUUUUUCCACAUCUAUCUAUCUCGGGUUUUUUUUCCAUAUCUAUCUAUCUAGCUCGGGGUUUUUUUUUUUGCAUAUCUAUCUAUCUCGUUUUUUUCUCUAUAUCUAUCUAGGGUUUUUUUUCCCCAUAUCUAUCUAUCUAUCUAUCUCGGGUUUUUUUUCCAUAUCUAUCUAUCUAUCUAUCUCGGGGGGGUUUCAUAUCUAUAUUUUUUUUUCAUAUGUAUCUCAGUAUUUUUCAUAUAUAUCUGACUAUUCGAUACCGUAG